AUGGGACAAAUGGCUGAAUACAGAAUAUCUAUAUAUGGAAGAAAGCAAAGUGAAUGGGACAAUUUAGCUAGUUGGAUUGUAAACAAUGAAUUAUACAGUGAGAAUGUUGUCUGGUUGAUUCAGCUACCCCGGCUUUACAACAUAUACAAAGAAAUGGGAAUUUUGACAUCAUUUCAGACAAUUUUAGAUAAUGUUUUAAUCGAUCAAGAUUCACAUCCCCAGUUGCAUGUUUUCUUGAAACAGGUGGUGGGAUUGGAUUUGGUGGAUGAUGAGAGCAAGCCUGAAAGACGCCCUACAAUCUUGCAUUCUCAUACCCAAAAUAAGCUUCGUGAAUCAAAGGGCAUGACAACUAUUGUUUCAAAUUGCUCUUUUUUGGUGUGUGAACAGUCAGAUGUGCAUUUUGGAAAUUUCAUGGAAAGUCACAUAUCUCUAUAUAUAUGGUUGAUCAGUUCAAUGAGCUUUCGAGGUGAAGAUACUCGCAAGACCUUUGUGGAUCAUCUCUACUCGGCUCUUGAAAAACAAGGGAUCUACACUUACAAGGACGACGAAACACUUCCUCGGGGGGAGUCGAUUGGCCCAUCUCUUAUGAAGGCUAUAGAAGAAUCUCAGAUUGCUGUUGAAUUUUGGAGAAAAGCACUUAUGGAUGCAAGUAAUCUCUCUGGAUGGGAACCCAAGCACAUCGCCAACGGGCGUGAGUCGAAGGGCAUCGAACAAAUUGUAAUUGAAAUUUCACAUAGAUUGCAGGUAGUAACUUUAAGUGCAAAUGAGAACCUGAUUGGAAUAGUGGCUCGCUCGCAAAGUUUGAAAGCAGAGUUGCAAAUUGGGUCAGGUGGUGUGCUGAUGAUUGGAAUAUGGGGGGUUGGGGGUGGUGGUAAGACUACUCUUGCAUCUUCUGUAUAUAGUGAAAUCUAUCGCCACUUUGAUGGUUCUUGCUUUGUUGAAAACAUUCGAGAGGAAUCAAGUAAGAAUGGUCUGGCAAAGUUGCAAGAACAAAUUCUUUGUGGUGUUUUGAAACAAAAGAAAGUGCAGGGAAUAGGGAGAGUCGAGGAAGGAAGACGCAUGAUACAAAAUAGGUUACGUCAUAGAAAGGUGUUCAUUGUUCUUGAUGAUGUCGAUCACCUUGACCAACUGAAAGCAUUAGCUGGAUCGUGUGAUUGGUUCGGUGAUGGAAGCCGAAUCAUAAUCACAACUAGAGAUGAACAUUUGUUAACUGCGCACAGAGUAAAUGUGAUACAUGAUAUUAGCUUGUUAAACGAAGAUGAGGCUAUUAUGCUCCUUUGCAAGCAUGCACCCCAGGAUAACAGACCUGUGGAAGACUAUGAGCAACUUUCAAAAGAGGUAGUCUCUUAUGCUGGUGGGCUUCCAUUAGCACUUACAAUUUUGGGUUCUUUUCUAUGCGACAAAGACAUCCAUGAGUGGAAGAGUGCAUUAGAGAGACUGAAAGAGAUCCCAGAUACUGAUAUUGUGGAAAAGCUAAAAAUCAGCUUUGAUGGACUUAAACCACUUGAGAAAGAGUUGUUCCUAGAUAUUGCAUGUUUUUACAGGAGGGAACGUAUAGUUAGGUCAAUGAAGAGGCUUAAUGCUUGUGGUUUUCAUCCUGUUAUAGGAGUUAAAGUGUUGAUACAAAAGGCUCUCAUAACUAUUUCGGAUGGAGUGUUUGAUAUGCAUGAUCUGGUGCAAGAAAUGGGACAUUCUAUUGUUAGAGGGGAACACCCUAAUAAUCCUGAAAAGCAUAGUAGAAUAUGGAAGAAGGAUGAUGUUCUCCGAAUACUUGCUAUGGAUGCAAAACGACACUUGACAAGAUUGAAGCAAUAA